GCGCGCGGGGCCUGUCGAGAACGCGCGCGGCCGGGCGCGGCGUGGGUACCCCAGCCGCGGGCGGCCGCCCUGCAACCCCCCGACGCGACCAUGGCGACUGACAUCACUCCUGAAGCCAUUGGCUUCCUGUCUGCCAUUGGGGUCUUUGUUGUCCUUCUGGCUGUCCUUGUCCUCUUCAUCAACAAGAAGCUGUGCUCUGAAAACCUAAGAGGGCAUCCACACCCGGAGCAACGAGGGAAGAGAAAGCACUCGAGAGACAAGACUGGGGGCCCCACAGGAGCUGCUGAGAAGUGUUGAAAGUGAAAUGGUCCCAGCCAUUAAGAGACCACCCUGUCAAACACGCUUGCUCUGUUCCCUGCAAAGACCUCCUCCAUAGACCUUGGUGCGAGAACCAGCAUGCAGCCUGGUUUUACUUACUGCCAACGGUGCUCCCGUACUGCACAUGUUUUCUUUAUGUAUAUAUUAAUAAAGUUUUGCCUGUUAUAAAAAAGAGACCUCCAGUUAAAUUUCUCAUCGUGCUUGUUCUAUAUUUCACAUAAGUUCAGAGUUCAGGAGGAACCAAACAAGUGGACUCUGCAGACACGAGGUAUUUGAUCAUGGUGUUGACCAUGGCAUCUCAGGAUGUCCAGAACUUCUUCCAGCCUUUGUCUUCCUGGCUCUCCCGAGUUUAUGAAGCUCUCCAGCAAGCCGGGGAUGCAUUAUCUGCUUCAUUGGUCCUUCUUAGCAAACACGAUUCGGCAUUGAGCGAUAAGCCAGAGCAGGACUUAGAUGCUACCCAGAUUCAGGAAACCUACUUGGAAGAUGAAGAACAGGAUGACGAUGGGAGUCCAGAGGAGGCAAGCUCCCUGUUUCUUGAAGAGGACCAUUUCUCAUGCUCUAAUAGUGAUCUGCAGGACUCCGUUCAAACGGCAAGCCCCACGCUUGGUCAGCAAGCCAAAGACUCAAGCUCUGUAAUACCCCCGUGGCCCAGUAAGAUCCCGAAGCCCCAGCCUGUGCUUUCUUCGAUCGCUGAGGAAGACCAUCACUCUAAGAGGCAGAGAUGUGGCCGUCAGCAUGGCUCUGACACCCAGCUCCCUGGCACUUUAGAAAAGGUUAAUGGAACAAAGCAAGUUAACAGCUUUGGGGAUGAUGAAGAGCCAUCCACAUCUUCUGAGAGUGAUGAAGAUGUGACUAAGCAAUUCAAGAUCUCAGUGUCCCGAUCCCAGAGUUUUCGUACAGGAGCAUCUGAGAAGGGAAAGACAACAGAGUUGGAGCAGAAAACAAAAUGCAAACGUUUGCUGUGUACCCACCAAGAAGACAGUGUUGAAGGGUCUGCUUGUGAAGAUUUGGAUCGAACCAGCCAACUCAGUUAUUCUGAGAUUCUGUCUUAUGAAGACCGCCCCAUUUCCAUUCUCCCACAAUCCCCCUGGGAGAGCAGGAACAUCAGGCACCAUGGCCCUUGCCGUCCGGAGAUGGGCAUGGUCAGAAGCCUCGGUCGUCCUUGUGCAGAUGGCAUUCUGGAGACGGAGACAGCUUUUGUGAGUCGGGGCUUUGAAGAUUCCUAUGCCACCCACAGCUCCUCUCUGUGGAGUCCAGAGGAGCAGGAUGGCACCAGUCUGCAGGUACCACCCAGGCUUUUGGAGCCUAUCUCAAAAUGUGGUGACCUCGAUGUCAUCUUUGAAUAUAGAGCUGUAACCCAGAAACUCACUGUGACCAUUGUGAGAGCACAGGGUCUCCCAGAUAAGGACCGAAGUGGUGUCAACUCCUGGCAAGUUCACAUAGUGCUGCUGCCCAGCAAGAAACAGAGGGGUAAGACGAACAUACAGAGAGGGCCCAACCCUGUCUUCAAGGAAAAGGUCACCUUCACCAAGCUGGAGCCCAGAGAUGUGGCUUCCUGUGCUGUCCGCUUCCGCCUGUAUGCUGCCCGUAAGAUGACCCGGGAGAGAAUGAUGGGAGAGAAGCUGUUCUGUCUCAGCCACUUGCACCCAGAAGGGGAAAUGAAAGUGACUCUGGUUCUGGAGCCAAGAAGUAAUCUGAGCAGUGGAGAGUCUCCGCUCAGCCCAUCUGUGGUGUCUCACAGUGACAGUGCUUCAUCCACGCAGUCACUGUCUCAUGGAGGGGUGCCAGAGCUGCUGGUGGGACUGUCCUACAAUGCCACAACAGGGCGAUUAUCUGUGGAAAUGAUCAAAGGCAGCCAUUUCCGCAACCUCGCUGCUAACCGGGCUCCUGAUACAUAUGGAAAACUCUUCCUCCUCAACUGUGUGGGGCAAGAGAUGUCCCGCUGCAAGACGUCCAUUCGGCGUGGCCAACCCAAUCCUGUCUAUAAAGAGACCUUUGUCUUCCAGGUGGCCCUCUUCCAGCUCUCGGACGUCACCUUGAUGAUUUCCAUUUACAGCAGGCGCACUAUGAAGCGUAAAGAGAUGAUUGGCUGGGUCGCUCUGGGCCAGAACAGCAGUGGGGAGGAGGAGCAGGAACACUGGGAGGAAAUGAAGGAAUGCAAGGGCCAGCAGACCUGCCGGUGGCAUACACUGUUGGAAUCCUAGGUUUACCAACAGCAUUCGUGUUAUGUCAGCCUUGAUUAUCUGACAUGAGUCAGAUCAUUGGGGGCGGAAGAGCUUUCAAACGGAGAAUUGUACUAAACUUAGGUCAUUCUGUGGCUUGGGACAGUUUCAACGGUUUGAUUUGAGUUUAAAUGUUGUCAUGAAAGGAAGCCUACAUACGCAGUAUGGGCAAUGGUAUCUGGUUGAGACCAGUGGUUAUGUCACAAUCUGUGCUGAUGGAUGAUUGUGUUUUGGUUCGCACUAUGUGGUGCGGCUUCCUCCUGCUGUCUCUCUUUGCUGGGAGAAUAGCCUGAGAUUUCAAAGGAGCUAUAAACGUUACUGUUUUCCAUCACUGAGGUGUAUGAAUCAGACUCUUCUCAGUGUUCAAAAUUCCAAAACAGACAUGAAUCAGAUCCUGAGUGCCAAGGAAGGAUGUAACCAAUCCACAAUCCUCUGCCACCCCUAUUCUCUUUAUGAAAAAAAAAAAAAGAGCCCUAUUUACUUAAGAGGUAAUUGUUAUAAACUUGUGGUGUAAAAUAAAUUUGUAUUCAUGAAAAGUCUCUUUUUAUCUCAAUUAGAUAUCAUGGUUUCUAAAAGAAUUGGGUUAGACGAAUCAUAUGGAAGCUGUAAAACAGUUAAAAACUGACUAUUAGCUGACCUGUCUCUUUUUGAAUAUUUAAGAUUUCCAAAAAUCACGGAUUUUGUGCUUUCUUACCGAAUCGGCACCCAAAGAAGAGGAAAACCUAGAAGAUAAUUUAAGUCUUGGCUUUCUCGAUGUUUCUGAAUUUGUCAUUCAUUUGGAUUAUACCUUUUCUAUAGAUAAUUGUACUAACUCUCACAUGUAUUUUUUGUAUGUAUUUCUGCAUGCCAAUCACAUUCACAUUCAUCUUUAUGCUAUGUACCUUGCCAGUAGAAUAUAGAAAGAUGCCUACAGUGGAUCUCAAUAAAUCCUAAUUUGAUUGACUUAAA